UGUGUCGGGAUCCCAUGUAUGGAUACUGUAUUAUUGGUGUCAUCAAAGGCGGCGAAACAAAGGCGCAACUGGAAUUAACGGUUAUUGAUGCAAGGAUCAUUCGAGCUGACUGUCGCUUGUCUGUCUUAUAACCGAGGGGUGAUGUCUGAGGAAAUGAUGGGGGAAGAGUCGAGCUCCCCAGGCUCUCCAGUGGACAGUCUCAGCAACAGUGAGGGGGAACUGGAUAGGCAACCGAAGAGAUGUGGGAGGAAAAGGAGAUCAAGCAGGAAAAACGGGGAGGAUUCAGAUAGCCCUACCCCUGGGAAAAGAGGGAAGAAGUCCAGCAGCAGCAGUCCACAGUCUUUCGAAGACCUACAGACGCAACGAGUCAUGGCGAACGUGCGCGAGCGGCAGAGGACGCAGUCGCUCAACGAAGCUUUUUCGUCUUUGAGGAAAAUUAUCCCCACUUUGCCCUCAGACAAACUGAGCAAAAUACAAACCUUAAAACUUGCUGCCAGGUACAUCGAUUUCCUCUACCAAGUUCUGCAGAGCGAUGAAUUGGACUCCAAAAUGGUGACAGCUGAUUCUGCUCAUCAAUAUGACAACGUGGCAGAUCUGGAGGACAAUGCUGGAUACGUACAAAGCUGCGGUUUAUGGGAGCACAUUUUGACAACUAUUUAAACCAGAGGGAAAAUGACUGGGAGCAGAGAGCACUUUGCUGGGGAAAGGCCCGCUUUGGGACGGCCUGGAUCUGCAGUCGAGUGCUAGUCUACCUAUACUACUACAUUCUGGGGUUGUUUUUAAUAUUUUUAUAGACUUUUCUUUUGCUGUUGACGACGAAUGUUGAAAAUGUAUGUUUUUAUGCAUGUAUUUCACUCUGUGGACUUUUCUGUGGAGUUUAAAGGGCAGCAUUAAAGCUGUUGUCUCAGUUUCUGUGUGAGACUUCAGAUGUGGACUGACUGCGAUAGCUCAUGAAUGGGUUGAAAUAAUGUGUCUCGAACCUGUGCAAAAACAUUUGAGGUUGUUCUUUUCAGAAUACAUUAAUUUAUUUAUUGAUGAAACUUGUUACAUGGGAAAUAGAUCUGGUGUCUUAAAUGCAUUCCUAUGUUAUUAUUGUUGUGUACAUAAAUGUAUAUUU